AUGAUUCAACCAGUCCAUGCCGGCCCAACGUACCCUCCACCCCUCCCUCCAUCCCACCCACAAUCCGAUCCUUCUUCUCACCCACCUUCCCACCCACCAUCUGUUCUACCAUCCCAUCCGCCAUCCUCAAAGGCCACACGCUCCACGCCCUCGUCCUCGCACCAUCAGCCCCCAGGUUCAUCUUCCCUGGCCCUCCCUGCACAUCAUCCCCUCACCACCACCGCCUCCAUUACCAACCCCACCCACAUUGCCACCCCCGCUGCUUCGUCUGCAAGCGUGGAUGAAACCGGAUCACACCAGCAGCACUCGCAGAAUCCCCAGCAGCAGCACGAGGGGCAGAGGCAGCAGCAGCAGCAGCAGCAACAGCAGCAAGGUCAGGGGCAGAGGCAGCAGUUACAGAAGUCGAGAAUUCCCCGUGUGGAGCAGUGGGUUAUGGAGGGCGCACAGCUAGCAGGUGGCGCUGCUGCUGCUGCUUCUACUGCGAUACCACCUGAUACCACACCUGAGAGUGCUUCCAUUUCGAUGACGCCCGGUAGCUCACCUGCUAGUGCUUCCAUUGCGAUGACGCCCGGUAGCUCACCUGCUAGUUCUGCUGUUGCUGCACCUGGCAAUGCUGUGAUCACUGCUGCUGGCUCUGCCCGUGCCCUCAGUCUCAGAGGGACGGCUGAGCUGGCGCGCUGUGAUUCGCUGUCUGACAAUGACGGUGCAUUCGACUCGCCGCGUUCUGAUUCGUUCCUAUCCCUCUGCUCGGACAACGACUGGGGAACGCCUGGUUCGGCAUUUGCCACGCCUGGUCCGGGCUUUGCCACACCUGGUCCGGGCUUUGCCACACCUGGUCCGGGAUUUGCCACACCUGGUUCAGCGUUUGCCACGCCCAUGCUAGCAGCAUCCACCCCUAUAUUCACAAGCUCCACUCCCGUUAUAGCAGGCUCCACUCCCACGUAUAGAGGCAGACCCCCUUCUGUUGCUGCCAUUGCAGCUCGACUGGCCCGGCUGUCUCCCUCUACACAUGCUGAUGCGAUGGCAGGUGCUGAUGUAACCUCGAUUGCAGAUGGAUCACUCGUGAUUACGGUGGCUGCGGCUGCAGUAGCUGCGGAUAUUGCUACAGAAGGGAGGCACAUGGCAGCAGCAGGUGGUUCAGAGGAUACAGGAGGGCCUGCCACCUGUAGCGCUAGCAGCGGUGUCAAGAGUGACGGCUGUAGCAACAGCAGAAGCGAUGUGGAUGGGAGGAAUGUGCUGGCAGAGUCCCGCGGGAUGGGGCAUGCUGUACCAGGAGAAGCUGCCAUGGAUCAUUUUACAGAAGGAUCUGAGCCGUUCAUUUCUGGUGCUUCUGACUUUGAGCCGUCGCUGCUGGCAGUGCUGGCAGAGUCCCGCGGGAUGGGGCAUGCCUCUGCGUUUGCUGAUGUGAUGGGAUUCUUUGAAGAUGGGGGAUGUGACGAGGAGGAGGAGGAGGAAGUGGAGGAUGGCCAGGACGAUGCAAGGACGGGAGGGAGGGGUUAUGAAGGGAGGAACGGGCAGCGUGGGGGUGAGGCAGGUGGGGAUAGAGAGGGAGUGGGAAGAGGUGGAGAGAGAAGGGAUGGAACCACCUGUCCUAAGGUAACCUUGCUGGGAGGAAGCACAGCAACAGAAUCAUCAGCAACGGAAGCAUUGUGUCUUUCUUCCUUGCUACCCUUGACAACUCCCCUUACUACAGCCACUGCCACCACAGUCCUCUCUGUCACUGCUCUGCAUCCCGGAAGCGAAUCCGCAACAGGUGCUGUGUCUCCCACAGUAAAGUACCCAGUCGGGUGUUCAUCCCUUCCAUCCUCUCCUCCCCAUACAGUCACACCCCCCAUGCUCACAUGGAGCGAGCUCUCCCCCUCUCCAGGCAUGCUAGGAGGAGCAUGUCUUGCUGCGCCUUCCAGAGGAUUGGGGUUGCCUGGUGGGCGAUCUGGUGAAGCAUCUGUGGAUGGCAGAGAGAUUGGGGGAGAAGCGGAGGGAAGGGGAGGAGGGAGAGGAGGAGAAGGGGGGGAGGACAGGAAACAGGGGAGGCAUGGAGGCAGGGAGAGGCGGGGACUGGAUGGGAUGCAGGGAGACUGGAAGGCAGGAAUGGGAGUCACAGAGGGGAAUUGA